AUGGCUUCUUCCAACAAAACCACCACCUCACUUGCUCUCUUUUUCUGCCUCAACAUUCUCUUUUCUUCCCUAGUCACUGCUCAGCCAGUAAUUCCUACCUUUCUAAUCGGGGAUCCCAUCGUAGGCUCGUCGAUCUUUGACGCUCCUAGUCCUUCUGGAUCUAAUUUUUGUCCUAAAACUAUCAUUCAGAUUGCUUCUUGUGCAGCCCAACUUAACCUCUUUAAUCUUUUCCCUAGUUUCUUUCCUCCCAUUCCUUGCUGCUUGUUGAUUGAAAGGCUACCUGACCCUGAAGGUGUUGCUUGUCUUUGCAAUGCAAUCAAAUCGAAUGUUGUGAACAUUAGCAUUAGAAACAGACCCUUGACUCCAAACCGAAUUCUUAACGCAUGUCGUAGAAAUAAUGCUGCUAAUGGGUCCCAGUGUCCCUAA